AUGACCACAUUAUUUGAAAUUUACGUUGACUGCUUUCAGAUCCGAGCAGACACAGAUGAUGAACUAGACGAAGAAUUGCUUCUUGGCAGUGAUGAUGAUCAGGAACAUAUCAACAAAAAAUCAUCCUCUGGCAAAAAGUCUGUUUCUUCAUCGAACAAGUCUUCAAAAGUCAACUCAAAGCCUGUGUCAGUGAAGCAGAAAACUGUUUCCCUGAAAUCUAGUGUAAAGUCUGUCUCUGAUACAAAUGUUCAAAAUGACAAACAAAAGCAGGGAAAAACGACAAGUUCUAAGUCACAGACAAGUGUUGUUUCACCAGUGGAAAAGACAAAGGAACCAUUCAAAUUUACAAAAAUUGUACCCCCUUCACCAGAUACAGAUAAAGAAAAACCUUCAAGGAGUAAUACAAAUAUUAAAUCUAAUUCAAAUUCAAAGGCAGAGUCUACCAAGGAACAACCACCAUUGCAUGAAUCUACCGCAAAAACUUUACGACCACCUCCUCCAAAGGAAUUAACUUCUAAGUCACGUUCACAUAGGGACCAGUCCCAGAAACACAAGGCUGGUAGGGAGUGUACUUCAAAGGAUGAACCAUCACCUCCAUGUGAACCAGUAAAGAAGGAACCUAUCCCAGUUGUAGAACUUACUUCCAGAAGUGACUUUGAAGAUGAAGAGGAGGAGGAAAUAGUACUUGAUAUCUUGGAUCCAGCAGCCGACCAAGAACUUUUUGAGGAAACAGACCCCCUUCUACAGUCUAGUCAGGAUUCUUUAUUGAAGGAGACAGAUGUAGAAGAGGAAGAAGAUAAUGAAGAAGAAGAGGAGGAGGAGGAGGAAGAAGAAAUGGAAGAAGAGGAAGACGAAAAUCAAGCUAUUGCAGAGGAAGAUUCUACCCUAGAGAACUCCCAGAUGGAAGUUGCUGAGGAAGAACAUGAAACAGAAAGCGAUAGUGAUUCUGAUGAGUCUGAAUCAGGAAGAGGACGGUUCAAGUCAGAACGAGCCAAGAUUGUCACUACAACGACAGUGAAAGCCAAACCCAGAGAUAUUGAUGCCAUACCGGACACACUAGAGAUUUCAGAAGAGCAGCAGGCCCAAAUUGAUGAAUUCAUGGUUGCUGGAGGCAAGAGAGGUCGCGGCAGAGGUCGAGGUCGUGGCAUUGGAGGGCGGGGUGGACAAAUGGCACAGUCUGGACGUUUUCCACCUUAUCAAGGUCAAGGUCAAAAUUACGGACAGCAGCAAUCCCAGCAAUACCAAGGACAAAUGUAUAACAUGCCUCCAAACUUCCCAAUCCAAAGUCAAGGUCCUUCCGGACCAGGAUACAUGAAUCAAGGUCAGAUGCACCAAGGUCACAUGGGUCAAAAUCUGAACCAAAAUCAAUCAAGUCAUGUGCCUUCAGCACAAAGUUAUUCCAGUCAUGGUCCAUCAAAAAUGAGUAUUGAUGUGAGUGAGAGUCUACAAGGCCACACUCCACCAGUUCCUCUAACAUCCAAGUCUUCGGUACCAACAUUAUUCACUCUGGCAGGUUUGGAUAAACCAAAGCCGCAGCAGCCACAACCCCGUAAGAUCCUCAUCAACCCUCAUUUCCGAGGUCCUGCUCAGCCUCAGCAUGACCGCCCCCCGGCUUCUGCUGGUACAGCCAUGCCACAGUCAGGGCCACAGAUGCCUGUCCCCUACCAAGGCUCCACUAGUCAACCCCAAACUCACCAACACCCACAGGACCGAACCUGGCCUCCACACUCCCAGCCCUCAGGCCCUCCCUACCCUGUUCAUAAUACUCCACCCAAGUCACAGCCUGCAGGAGGCUUUCCCCAAAGAGCACAAGGAUUUCCAGGUGGGCCUCGACCUCAGCAAGGUUUUCCACAGAGUAGUGGGCCCCCAAAUAUGUUCCCUGGUGGUCCUUCAGGUCCUAGAGGACCACAACCUGUCCCAAACCAUCCUCAAAUGGGUAUGCCUCCCCCCGGGCAUCCCCAACAUCGCCCUCUUGGACCAUUCCCUGGUUCCAUGGAUAAUAGAUUUGGUCCUCCCCCUCAGCAGAGAUUUCCAUCACCGGGAGGCAUGAAUCAGUUCAACAAUCCACCCCGCCAGCACCAGCCCGGCCCAGGAGGACCUGGUCUAUUGGGCAAUGCACCUCAUCAGCACCCUAGGGGUAACCAGUUUCCACCUCACAUGAAUCAGAACCAGCGUCCUCCCCAUCAUGGUGGACCAAGGCAACAGUUCCAUCUGAACCAGCAAGGUAAUCCAGGUAACCAAGCCAGUAGAGGUAACCAAGGUAAUCAGCAACACUUUCAGCCUCCAAUGCCACCACAUCAGAUGAGGAUGCCCCAGAAUAAUCAGCAGCCUCGUCAUCCCAUGCAGCAACAUCUGCCCCGGCAACAUCAUCCACACCAACAACAGCCACGCCAACAACAGCCACAUAUGCAAAAUCAGAACCGACAGAAUCAGUUCCAGCCAAGACAGCAGUUCAGUGGCAACAAAAGAAACUUCAACAGGACAUCCCAGGAAGACAAUCAACAGAUUCAGAGUAUACAGGUGAUCAGUCGUGGAAAACGCCAGCCUGCAGACAAAGACAAAAUUGAACACUCUCCUGCUAAAGUAGCGAAGUCAGAGGAGAUAGUUGACCCAGUUUUAAAAGCCAAAUUGGAAGAGCAAAAACAAAAGAGAGAUCGCAUCAUUAGGUUAAAGGAAGCAAGAAGACAGGCUUUAGCUGGUGUGAGGAGAUCUCAGCUAGAGAAAAAACUGGCAGAGGAAGGAAAGACCAUAGCUGAUGUAGAAAAGAGUGUUGUUUCUUCUCCAGCAGUUAAAAAUAACACAAUAGGCCAAGUUGUGAGGCAAAAUAGUGCUGGUCAUCAAGGUCAAGGUCAAAACCAGAGUCAGCAUUUUCAGCACCGGGCCCCUAAUACGGGACAGCCACGAUUUGGCCCAAGGCAAUCCCAACAGUUAGGUGGUCCGCGUGGGCCAGGACAGACCGGUCCAAGGCAACGCUUCCCUGGUAACAGGCCAGGUGGUCCAAGAGGAGGACAACACCUUGAGGGUCCAAGACCUCCAGGUCCAAGACCUCCAGGUCCAGGGAAUACCAACCCACCAAAUACAAAUGUUCAACGUCAAAAUUCUCAACCAGGCAAUCAGAACAGACAAGUAAAUAUGCCUAGUCAGACAACAUCUCAGGGAAAUACUAACCAAAAUGCUAGCUCUGGAAAGGAUGGGAACCUGGUUCUGAAACAGAGGGUUACCAUUCUGAAGAAAGAUAUACAUGGAAAAGUGAUUUCUAGAACAAUUAUGUUGAAGAAUAUCAGCAAACCAGGAGGUGUUAAAGAUGACCGUAAGGUGACCAUUCCUGGUGGUAACACACAGAGGACAGUGGUCAACAAGCCUGCAGGACCUGUUCAGAGAAAAGUUGUCCAAAAUCAGGAAGGCAGGAGGGUGGUUGUUGGAGAGUCACCUCGCAUGUCCAAGGUUGUGUCUGUUGACAACCUCUCUGUGUCCACCACGGAAGCUAACAUCAGGAAGAUGUGUUUUGGCAUCGGAGAGGUAGAG